AUUUCAACUCUGAUUGUCAAGACUGGUAACGCGCUGGCGCUGCGACGGCGUGCAGGUAAAAGAAACAAGCGACGAAAGAGGAAAAAAAAAAACACUGAAAACACUCGUCCUGGCCGAAAGCGAGAGUUGCAAUGGAAACGUGGGACUCUUUUCGUGCCACGCAACCUUAAAAAGUGAGGUUUUUAAAUCCGGCGGAAAAGCAUUGACACCUUUUUUGUGGCGUCUUGGAAGAAAGUGCCAUCGCCUGGGCUGCCAGACACGCUUUGUACAGCUGCGUGUUUCCAUCAACAAAGAAUGAAGCCCCUGAAACGAGCUCUGGAGGAAGAUAACCGGCCGGAGCAGGAGCACUCUUCUGCCAUGUCGGACAGCGAUGACGGUUCCCCACUCGACCUGUCAGGAAGAGGGCUCCUCGGGAAGCGCCGUCGCCGUGGCAACUUGCCCAAGGAGGCGGUGCAGAUUCUUCGGAGCUGGCUGUAUGAGCACCGCUUCAACGCCUACCCAUCAGAGCAAGAGAAACUCAGCCUAUCGGGUCAGACCAACCUCUCUGUGCUGCAGAUAUGCAACUGGUUCAUUAACGCACGGCGCCGCCUGCUCCCUGAUCUGCUCCGUAAGGAUGGCAAAGAUCCUACUAAGUUCACCAUUUCCCGUAAGGUUGGUGGUAAAGGUGACGGGCCCUCAUCUAACGGAGGUGGAGCCGGCACUCCAGAGACGAGCGCUUCUGCCAGCUCUUCUCAACAGCGGCCAUCUGUAAUCCGCUCUGCGCCCACGUUGGACCUGAGUUUACUGGGGAACACGGCCACAGCUAUUCUGACGGGAGCAGGCUACCCUGGUAAGGGAGGAUCAGUACAGGCACUUAUGAAGCUGGAUGCACAGAGCCUUUUAAGGGAAGCAGAGGAGAAGGGUUGUUUCACCAGCACAGCAAUGGCCGCCAGUCCUACCGGCGGCCUCUUCAACACGCCUCCUCCCACUCCUCCUGAGCCGUUCCCCACCCAGGACUUCAGUGACUUGAGGCUCCUGGUGGACGCAGCUCUGCAAAGGGCGGCCGAGCAAGAACGAUUCGGAGACACUCAAAGCAAACCCCUAGAGACUGUAAAGACUGAACUGGAAGAUUCAAAGUGCAGUUCUUACAGCAACGACAUGGGCCCAACACCACCUCCAGAAGAGCAAGUCAUGGAUCCUUCCAGGGUCCAGAGUCUGAUGGAGAAGGCUAUGGCUGUUCCAGUUUCAGAGGGAACUCCAGGAAAGUCUCCAGUGUCUGUGUCUUCGGGCGCCUCUUUGCCAGUUUUGGCUCCAGUGUUGCUCUCAGCCUCGAGGUUGUCUCCUCUUCCAAUAAGCAAAGUUAUAUGGAGCCCCUUGGAUAAGGACAUUGUGAGAGCAUCCAGUCCAAACCAGCCUCAGCUCAUCCCUGCACAUCUGCCUACCAUUGUGCCAGUUUCUGCCUUAGUCUUUGGACAGCCUGAUUUGAAGAAACCAGCGGCUGUUCCAGCACUCACCCCAGCUCCAUCGUCAUCGUCCACCUCAGCCUCAGCUCCCACCACUCGUCUUGAGAGUGUAUCAGUGCCAGCAGCUCUACCAGCGACAAGUCCCAUUUCAGUCUUAGCUACAAGCCAGGAUUCACCAGCAACCGGAGCUCCUCCCCCAGCUGUCUCCUCUCAGUCAGUCUCCAGAGGAGUCCUGCCUCACCUGCCGUUCCCCAAACCUCCCCUGAUCCCAGUAAUGGCCCCAUGCACAUUGUCUGCUUCAUCUUCACUGUCUUCACUAGUGUCAGUCUCAGCACCAGGGUCUGCCUUUGUCCAGGCUUCAGCUGUCGCUCCAGCCUCCCCUCCAGCAAUAACCCCUCCCACCGGCCUCAAGCCCCACCUCGCUGCUCCGCCGCUGCAGCCCUCCUCCUCCACAAGCAGCAGCAGCGCUGGUUCACAGAGGAAUUCGUCUGUGGUGCCCAGUGUUUGGAGCAUGGUUCAUCCCACCAGCAGGCAAGCCAGCUCCCUUCAGGUGGUGAAAACCCCCCUGGCCACAGUGUGGGGACCACAGCACAGCCUGCACUCGGUGAGUGAGCCUGUGAACUAGGUGCUGCAGCUGCACGUAGCGUAUCUGGAGUGGACUGACUACAGAUACGCCUCAAAGCUGGACAUGUUUCUGUAUAUAAGAGAAUGUAAAAAAGAAAUCAUCAGUCCAUUUAGACGUGAAGCCUGCACCAAAGUAAGGUAACGGGCAUGAAUUUACGUUUGGGACUAAGAUCUUUUAUUGUUUCAUACACUGUUUACUAUAGAUGCCAGUUCCUUGACGACUGUUUGACGCUCUGUCGAAGAGUAAACAUUCCUCAAUAUAGACUAAAAGGUUUUGAUGCCAUCUUUAACAACUGUUCCAUUUUAACAUUUUGAAUGUGAAGGGGAAAGCCCACAAAUUGUGCAAAAGUUUAAUCAACGUAGGUCUCCUCAGUAGCAGCGCUGAACUUUUUUUUUUUUUUUUUUUUUUUUUGAGGCAUUUGUAUAAUUAAUUACUUCAUCCAUGACUUUUCUUCCCCCUCAGAACAACAACAAAUACACUAAUAUGUAUUGUUGUGCAAUUCAGAAGAUCAACUUUUAUUUUACUUAUUUAUUUUUAUUUUAUUUUAGUUGUUUGUUUAGUCUGGUCUUUAUUCCAGCACACUUCCUUUGUCAUGGAGCAGAGUAGGAGAGUCGAAUCCUCUGCAACCUCCCCAUUUUCCUGUUUUAUUAUACAUCAAUUUUCUAACAACUAGGGGAGGGAUGACACUUUUCAUCUCUGCUGCUCUAUAAAUAAUUUUAAAUACAAUGCGUUUCUAUUUUUGACAAGUGAAUUCCUUAACUGUAUAAUAAGAAACAAGCAGUAUUUUCUCUUUUCUGUAUAAUUUCACCCAGCUCCCAACAAGAGUGCAAAGGAACACUAAAUGUUUAAACCCCUCAUUUAGAGUAGAUAUGUAUUACCUAAGAAGACAUUUCCUUGGCAUUUGGGAGCCUUAGGGAUUGCUAGGUUGUUUUUUUUUUUAAUCUGAAUGUCUUUACUAACGGGGAAAUAGUCAGUGCUCACACGUUUUCAACAAAGCAAUUGUAACACGGAUCGUUUACUUUUGUUUUUGUAAGAGAUCAUCAAUGCAUUUUAGUUUUUUCUCCAUCUAUGUUGUCCACUUUCAUCAGAAAUCCUUUCUAUAGAGUUUAUAAUCAUUCAUAAGGCUGUAGUUUCUGUGAAACUGUGUUUAGAAUAAAUCGCAAUAUAAUAUUGAAUGCCAGCUGGACAGCAUCUGUUAACUGUAGCAGUGUGUGUGAAGAAAAGCUGUAACUGAUGCUGUAGCAGGAUUGUUUUAAUCAAAUCAUCAAUACUGUCAUGUCCACCAGUGUCAAUGAGCUGUGUUUAGUACUAACGGUUAUAUUUUUGCAUGUGCAAGUUACGAGGAUGCUGAAGGAGGAAGUCGGGUGUUGGGUUUGCUGAGCAAUGACCACUGAAACAUUCCCAGAAUACCUCCUGGUCUGUUGAUAUACAUUUCAAAUUUGUUUUGUUUGCCUGUCCUUUAAUUCAGUACAGUGUUUUUCUUUUUCUUUUCUCUAGCAGUUUUUAUACCUCAGUUUACAAAGGUCACGUCAGACUUGAGUCAUAUGUAGAAUACUAAGUGUGUUACGGUAAUAUUUUAAAUAUUCUUACCUCGUUCCACUGUGGGAACACCCUCUCGGAGGUAAUACUUGGAAUGGCUGGCUAUAAGAGUAGGUUUUAUAUGGGAUUUAUUUUAGAUUUUAGAUGCAAACUGACACUCCUGAGGAAAAAGAGGUGAUUAUGUAAAUAUUUUGAAGGUCAACCUUUUUUUUUUUUCUCCCUCUUUUUCUUUUGGGCUGAGUUCAGUUUCAAACUAGUUUCUUUACAGCCAAAUGUAUUCAGGAAGUUCAUGUUGUAAAUCAUGACUGACUGUUGGUGGUCUGAGUGGCUGCUGUGCCUUAAGCCUGACUGAGGGAUGAUCUUCCCUUUUUUUUUCCUUAUGUAUUACAAACUCAAUAGUCUGUGCAAUAUAUGCCUUAAACUUUAAAUGUGUGUUUUUGUAUGACCAUAUUUCAAGCUUU